UGUGUAUUAUUACUCCUUACUUGCCUGUCCGUCCACUGGAAUGCCGCCCACACCCCUCCGGGAACAUGUUCCUCAAUUUUCUCCCAAUGACUCUCCCACCCCAGCCCUUAGUCCUAUUCUUGAAUUCUGUGUGUGUGUGCGUGUGUGUGUGUGUGCGUGUGUGUGUGUGUGCGCGUGUGUGCACGUGUGUGAGUUCUUUCUCCCCCAACUGCAGGAUCUGAUCCCUCCUCUCUCCCCACAGGGACUGUCAAGACAUGUCCAGCCUGCUCUCUGCUGAGAAACUGCACAGAAAUAACCUGUCUUUCCUCCCAGGACUUCUGCUUGUUUAGCCAGAUGCAGCUGGAAAACGGGACUGUCAUUGAGAAUGGGUCAUGCGUGGCCCCUGGGGAAUGCCGAGCAGGUGUCUACGCCCUGACUUAUGGCCCGAACUCAAGCCUCUGGGUCAGCACGACCUGCUGUGAGAACAAGUGCAGCAGCCCUCCUGGACAAGACGCAGGGCCCAAGGCCCAGCCCAACACUGUAAAGUGUCACUACUGUUCUGGGAAUAAGUCGGCCCUUUGUGACUCUCUUUCUGUCAUGAACUGCACUGGGAAACAGACGGCAUGUGUCACUCUCAACGGGACAUGGAGUAGAGGGGGUCCCCAAAUCCUGAAGGGCUGUGCUACACCAGAGGUCUGCCACCUACACGUGAACUCCACCCUAGGCCCCGAGGAGUCUGGGUUUCGUCUCACUGCCAAGCCUGAAUGCAGCUACCUGGCUCCUCCCACUCCACCAGGUCCCCAUGCAACUGUGACCCACCACAAGGACAAGGCUACCAUCUGUUUCACCUGCUCAGACCUCUAUCGCUGUGAUCCUCUCCCAUGCCCGGAAGAUAGGAGCUACUGCCUUCAGACAGCAGGCGUCACAGCCUUGGGGGAAGGCAGUUCUGUCACCUGGAGAAACGGUUACUGUGUGGCCUCCACGGACUGCAGAGUUGACAACUCCAUCUCUGCGUUGACCUACGGCGUCAGCUUCGGCUUCUGGGUCAACACCACUUGUUGCCGAGGCAACUGCCAGGAGCCCAUUCCUCUCGCAGCUCAGCUGGCCUCACCCACCUUGAGCAAUUUCCUGUGUCCCACAUGUCCUGGGAGCCACUUGGGUCCCUGCAAUUCCUCCUUCUACAUGCAGUGUCCCAGUGGGGAGACCAACUGUGUCCAGCUGGACCUGGUGUCUGAAGAAGGCGGCCGGAACGUGAGCGUGCGCGGCUGCGGCUCCCGAGACCUGUGCAGCGGCCGGACCGUGACCCACGGGCUCCUGGAGCUCCCGGGCCACCGGCUGGCCCGCCCGCCCGAAUGCAGCUCCGGCCACCGAGCGGUCGUGGAGUCCCAGUGCCGCUCGGGCGCGGCGCCUGGCCUCCGCCUCGCCCUGCCGGCGCUGCUGGCAGCCCUGGCGCUCUCCUCGCCUUAGGGAUCCGCCUCGAGCACCGUCUCCUCAGCCGGGGGUGGGGACGGCCUUCUCCACUGCGUCUUCCGCGUGUCGCUAGAUGGCGCCGCGGCUGCCCUCCACCGGGGCACUUCGUGGGGGCCUAGAGGCUUCCGGUGAGGUCAGGAGCCAGGGUGCGCUUCCUCCCGCAGACGAGGGCUUCCCAAAGGCCCGAUCUCCUGAGUUUCCCCAAGCCUAAGUCCUCUUUGGUCACACCAGGGCCACCAACGACAGUACCUCUUCCCCUUGCAGUCUAAGGCCACCCACCCCUGCUGAGGCCAGGCCUCUUUGCUCAUGAGGGUUGCAUCCCUCCUUCUAGAUGAGGGGCCUGCCAAGGCCACACCUCCUCCUUCAGACUAGGGCUGUUCUUCUUCCUCAGGUUAGAGACGCCUCCAUGGUUGGGAAGCAACUCCUCCUCCUCUGUCUUCCUCCUCAGGGUGUAGCAAAGUCCUGGGCAGCCAGGGUGGGGCUUGAGGACCCAAUGCACCCCCUUCCAAGGCUUUCAGAGCAGCCCAGCCCACCCCCACCAUGGGCCAGGAUGGGUGGGGGGGCCUGGGUGCCACGAGGAGUCCCUCUUCUGUCUGGACUCAAUCUCCCAGUUGUAACCAAAUCUGAAUGAACCACAUCUCACAAUGCCAAGCAGUUCGGGGUUUCCUUUUUUUUGGAAGUUGCAGCCUCAAAUAGGGCCCUGAUGUGGCCCUCUCUCCUCUGAGGCCCCGGGGAGGGCAAGCCUAGCUUCAGCUGCAGGUUUGGGGACUUGGCAGAGGCCUACAGAUGACAAGGGCUGGGAGCCAUGGUUGGCAUAGAAUCAAAUGCUUAGCCUGGAACUAGUGUCACUUUGGAGCAGACAUUGAACCCAAAGGAUUGAGCACAGAGGUAAAAAUGGGUAGCUCACGGGAGGCAGAAUGCCAGGAACCGUUUGCUGUCAGCUGAAAGUAGCAGAAAGUACGACCAAAAGAACUGAAACAAUUCAUUCUUCAUUCAUCUAACCAAUGUUUAGUGCGUGCGUAGGCAUCAAGCACAGUUCCAGACACUGGGGACACAGACAACGUUCCCUGCUCUCAUGGAGGUUGUGGUUUAGUGGGGGAGACAGGUAAUAAAUAAAUAUUACAUAGACUAUGUCAGAUAGUGGUAAAUACUACAGAGAAAACAGUGCAGGGAUGAGGAAUGGGAAAUGGGUGUGAUUUUACAUAGGGUGGACAAGUGGCCUCAGUAAGAUGACACUUGGGUAAAGAUCUAAGGGGGACAAGGGAGAGGGAACUGCAAAGGCAAUGACCCUGGUGCAGGUGCAGUUAGAAAUAGUUCAUAUUAUACAACAUAAAAAGAACGGAGGUAGGGGGUAUCCAGGGGUCAUUAAUUCAAUAGUUAAAGGAGUCAUCGAGAACCUGCCUUUCUGCUCUGCCAUCCUCAGCAUGUUGGCGUUUGCAUGAUGGGGGCCAUAGCUCUGGGAUCAUGUCCUCAUACAGCCAUAUCCAAAGCUGGAAGAGGUGACUUCCUAUCCUUGCCUUCCCAGAAGCCCCAUCCCCUUGCAGAUUGGCCAGAAUUGGACUUCAUGCCUCAUUAGCCAAAAGUGAGCCAGCCAAUCCCUGGGAAGGUGAAGGACUUAUCCUGAUCAACUUCGCCUAAUCAAUAUUCAGUCCCUGAGGUUGAGAAAGGUUCCAGUUUUGCCUACAGUUCAUGGUUGUCCCAGAGUCUGGACAGAAAUGGGGUUCUAUUAGCCAAGAAGAAGGGGGAAUGGAUCAAUAAGGAUCGGUCAGAAAGAGAAAGAAUCCUAGGUGUUUCAACAGGAGGAAUUUAAUACAGGGAAUCGCUCAUGCUGCUUUGGAAGGGCUGGGAGAGCAAAAAGGAGAAGCAGGCAAGCUGGAGAGUAGAAAGAAAAGAGAGGGAGGGUUCCAGUUACUGUGGCUGUGUAAUAGACUGUCCCCAAACUUAAUGGCAUAGAACAAUUAAUUCAGGACUGUGAAUCAGGAAUGUGGGGAUGGUUUGUCUCCCCUCCAUCAUGUCUAGAGCAUUAUCUAGGGUGGUUCAAGGGCAGGGGUGGAACUAUCUGAAUGCGUAUACACUCAUGAAUCUGGCAGUUGGUGCAGGCUGUUGGCUGAGACCUUAGCUGGGCCCAUAGCCUGAACAUACGGCUCCUCUGUGUGUUUUAACUUCCUUACAACAUGGUGUCUUGGCUAGUGGUAGGCAGAAUUCUAAAAUGACCUCCCAAGAUUCCUACCCUCACCCCCAGGACUAUGAAUAUAAUGGAAUACCAUAACCACAUGAUGUUACAUAGCAAAGGAAAUUUUGCUGAUGUCAUUAUGGUUACCAGUUUAAUUAAGUUUGAGUUCAUCAAAAGGGAGAUUAUUUUGGUGGGCUUCAUCUACUCACAUGAGCCCUAUAAAAGCAGUUUUCUCUGGCUGCUAGCAGAAGGGGAAAUUAGAUUUGAAGCACGGAAAGGAUUUGAUGCAUCACUGUUGGCUUGAGCUUGGAGGGGGCCACACAGAAAGGACCUGAGAGUGGCCUCUCGGGGCUGAGGGUGACCCCAGCCAAGAGCCAGCAAGAAAGUAGGGACCUCAGUCCCAAAACUGCAAAUAACUGAUUCUGCUAAAAAAACCCAAGUGAGCUUGGAAUAGGACACCCAAUCCCAGAGAAGAGCCCAACCCAGCCAACCUCUUGAUUUUGGUCUUGGGUCUUGAGAUCCUAAGUAGAGAAUGUAGCAAGUCCCCCAGACUUUUGAUCCACAGAACUGUGAGAUGAUAAAUGGGUCCUAUUUAAUUUUUUUCAUUGUGGCAAAAUAUGCACAAUGUAAAACUUAUCAUCUUAGUCAUUUCUAAGUGUACUGUUGAGUAGUCUUAAGGGUAUUCACAUUGUUGUGCAACUAAUAUCCAGACCUUUUUCAUCUUGCAAAACUGAGACCCAGUAACUCUUUGCACUCGCUUGUUUUUUUCUCGAUUCCUUUAUUCUACUUGGGAUUUAAUUUUUUAAAUACCCCCGAUU